CCAAUUUCGAAGCCCGGCUGCACUGCCUUGGGGAGGGGGGUUGUGUUGUCGCGGAAGCCAUCGUCGUCGUCGUCGUCUCGCCCCCCGAUCGAUCGUUCUGAUUUCUCACUCGGAAGCCCCGCGCUUCUGCACUAAUCGCUCCCGAACCAAUCUUCAAACUUGCAAGAGGAGGGGGACAGACAUGGCGGGAGCUCUGCGAGUACUUAGAUCUCGCCACCUCUUUCAGCGCGUAUGUGCUGCUUGUGCGGAUCCUUCCACCUCCUAUGCUCUGGAGACUGUUACCAUUCCCACGCCAGGUUACUUCCGCAACAACUCUGGCUCUGCUACAGAGCCAAAGAGAGUAGGCAGGCGGGUGAAGAAGGCAGCGAGGGUAAUCGACCCUGACAACCCCAAUUUGGACCAUGAAUACUCGAAACAGAGUCUAAUACAAGCCGCAAUCGACCAGAUUGCUAAGAAGCAUGGGAAGGAGACAGUUAUGUGGCUUGGGCGGGAGAGUCGUGACUUUAUUGAUGUCGUUCCUACUGGCUCUCUAAACCUCGACAUUGCUCUAGGUGUUGGCGGUCUGCCAAAGGGCCGGGUAGUGGAGAUCUUUGGUCAAGAAGCCUCUGGGAAGACGACGAUUGCUCUUCACGUGAUUGCACAGGCCCAAAAAAUGGGAAAAGGACAUUGCCUAUUUGUGGAUGCAGAGCAUGCAUUAGAUAUGCAAUUUGCUGAAGGCAUCGGUGUGAACACGAAAGAUCUUUUGUUUGUUCAGCCAGAUUAUGCUGAGCAGGCCCUGGAUACUGUCGAUCACUUCGUUCGCUCUACUGGUGUCGAUGUUAUUGUUGUUGACAGCGUUGCUGCACUUGUACCGAAAGCUGAACUUGAAGGAGACAUGGGUGAUUCUCAGAUGGCUUUGCAGGCUCGCCUGAUGAGCAAAGCGCUCCGCAGACUUACUCACUCUCUUAACUCCUCCAAUUGUCUGCUUAUCUUCAUCAAUCAGACACGAGCAAAGCUCAAUACGUAUGGAGGUGGUGGACCAACAGCUGAGGUGACAGCUGGAGGAAAUGCUCUUAAGUUCUAUGCAUCCGUGCGCUUACAAGUCAGGAAAAAAGAACAACUAAGACGUGGAGAUGUGCCCUUUGGAAGUUCGGUUAUUGUAAAAGUGGUGAAGAACAAAGUAUCACCACCAUUUAGGACUGCGGAAUUCGAUAUUGAAUAUGGGAAAGGUAUAUCUCGUGAUGGUGAAGUCCUCGAUCUAGGUGUGAAGCAUGGCUUGCUAGGGCAAUCAGGUUCAUGGUAUUCGUACGAGGGUAAGAACUUCGCAAAUGGAAGAGAAGGUGCGAAGAAGUACCUGCAAGAACACACAGAUCUGACUGAUGCUUUGGUGGUAGCAAUCAAGGAGAAGAUUUUAGGCCAACCACGUGCUAGUGGGGAUUUGGACGACGAUGGGUUCAUUCAAGAGGAGGACGCUUUUGAAGCCGAUGCUGAUAAUCUAGAGGUGACAGGGUAGGAGACAGCAUAGUGUCGUUAAGUAAUUCAAUUUUCACAACUUCGAACUCAACCUGUUCAACAAAAGCAUGGGUGACUAAGCAGCAGGUAUUAGGGAGUUAUUGCGUAUCUUAUGAUAUUCCUUUUGCUUAGGAUGGUUGUGCGACCUUUCCUGCCUGACGAGCGCCAUCAGCAAAAAGCUCGUCCAUUUUGGUGUUAGCUUGCCACGUGAUUCAGCACCAAUGGCAUGUUGUAGAACCUUUCGAGCCGCGUUUUGAAGGGAGAUCUAUGUGCUUAAGAGAAUUAUGGCGAGGAUUCCUCCUGGUGAAGGUACCAUUUUACAUGUACAAUGUCUCUACUUGUGCAGUUUUAUGUGUCUCAGAAGCAUGCUAUUGCUUUAGCCACUGCUCUGAUAAAGGUUGUAAUUUUCUUAUGCACCCUCUGAAAACGAUUUUAUAAUUUGGCAAACUUUUUGUGC